AGAUGAGGCUGAUCUCCUACAAGACAAUGAAACAGCAGAAGAAGCAUUUGACCGUCUGCUGGCUGACAAUGAAGAUGCAACCUCCCAUCAUGAAAAAAUACAACAAGCAUUGCAAGUUAGGUUGAAGGUUAGAGAAAUUAAUGAGGCUAGAGAUGCUGCACGGGUACAGCCUGAAGAGCUGGAAGAUGAUGGCCUCAUGGUUUGUGGUGAAGCAGUAUCUGCCAUGCAUGAUGUUGCUAAUCUUAACCAAAAUUCUGGCCUGAGUCUCGCAGAGAGAGAGUCCAUGCUAAAUUCUGAUCAGAGACGUGUAUUCAACCACAUCAAGCAACAUCUACUUCAUCAGAUUGAUCAUGAAUGCGGCAGUUGUUUGUGCAAUGAUACUAGACCAAUCAGUAUGUUUGUUAGUGGUGUAGGGGGAACAGGAAAAUCAUUUCUUAUAGCUGCUGUUAAAGCUCUUGUGGACAGUCUCUGGAAGACUGAGGACAUAAAGUGUGCUAUUGCUGCUCCCACUGGUUUGGCUGCCUUCAAUGUAGGUGGAGUCACAAUGCAUAGACUGUUUCGAUUACCUGUUGAACACAACAGUAGGGGUGCUGAUUAUUGGGCUCUGUCUGCAGAGGUACACAAAGUGAUGAAGACCUCACUUCGCAAUCUGAAGCUGAUCAUUAUUGAUGAGGUUUCAAUGGUAUCAAAUCUGAACCUCAUUUACAAGCAUUUGCGACUUGAUGAGAUUUUCAGUGGGGCAGAUGCCUACUUUGGUUGUAAGAAUGUACUUCUGGUUGGUGACAUACUCCAGUUGCCUCCUGUUAAUGCUGGUCAUGUUUUCCAAAACAUGACUCAAAAUUCAAUUCUCAAUAAACUUGGGAGCACCACUGCCAUCAACAUCUGGAGAGAAGUAAUUGUUUAUGACGAACUCACAAUCAAUGAGAGACAAAAAAGUGAUGCUGAAUUUUGUAAUAUGUUGGACAGUGUCAGAUGUGGAUUUCCCACCGAUAACACAAUCCAUGUUCUUCAACAACGGGUGUUUCAAGGGCCUGUCUCUAAAAAAUUUAUUGAACUUCAACGACAGAACAAGGCGCCUGUUUGUCUUUUUUCCACCAUAAAAGAUGCAAGGAUUUUAAUGAUGAAAUAUGUCAUUGAUGCAACAUCUGGUUUUAGUGAGUGGACCGAAAGAGCGAAACGGGCUCUAAAGAAACUAGAGGAAGACUGCAACAAUACUGCUGGACUGGAGAGUGAAUUGACAAUUGCAGUAGGAGCCAGAGUUAUGUUGAGAUGUAAUAUUGACACAGCAUCUGGCUUGGUGAAUGGUGCCAUAGGAACUGUAUUGGCCAUCACUUCCAAACGAGUCAAAGUACAAUUUGAUAACAGAAAUGAACCCUAUGAUGUUGAGAAAGUGAAUCGUAAAUUUAGUGUAAUGAAAUGUUUUCAUGUAUUUAGAGCACAGUUCCCUUUAAUACUAUCUUUUGCCAUGACGAUCCAUAAAUGCCAAGGGCUCUCUUUGGACUGUGCUAUCAUUGAUUUGUCUGAUAAAAUUUUUGCUGAUGGUAUGGCAUAUGUAGCAUUGUCACGUGUCAGAUCACUUUCUGGUGUGCAUUUAGUAGCUUUUAAUCCAAAUUCCAUCAGGGUGAGCAUUGAAAGUUUGAUUGAACUAAACAGACUUAGAGGCAAGUAUAGACCAGAUUUACCUCA